AUGGACUUUGUAAAUGAAAAGUUUGCUGUCAUACCAAAAUCAAUGAAGGUAAAAGUAAUUCUUUAAGUGAGAGUGAUGAAGAAAUUCAAAAAAAUAUGGCACCAGAGAGCAAUUCUUUCAUCGAAAGAGCGAAAUUUUUGUUGUUAAAAGGAUAAAUUUUCUAAAAAAUAUUUGUUUCAAAGAAUAUUCGAGAAUCUUUAUCUGAUCCGAAUGGCGCAUUAUAAUUAUUAGAAAUAAUUGCAAAUUAAUUACAUUCAUUACAUGAUGAAACAUUAAUAAAAGAAUAUAUUAAUGCUGUGAGUGAAAUAUUCAAUAAAAUCUAAGUAUUAAGAAUUAAAAUUUUUAGAUCACUAAUUAAUUAAAAUAGUCUUAUAGUGAUAUUUGCUUCAAUAUUUUUACAAAACAAUAUCAAUAAUAUGAAAUCAUUAAUUCUUGUGCAGAGAUAUUAAAAUAUUUAGAUGACCUUGAGAUUUAUAAAGAAGGAUUAUAUCUUGAGACCGAUAAUCAAAUGUAUCAAAUACUAAAGAUAAUUGAAAUAUAUUAUCAUAAGUUUACACCUGAAUUAAAAAAAUAAGCUCAUCUUUAAAUAAAAUCUAGCAUGAAGCAUAAAGAUGAAAGAGUUCGUAAAAUAAUUUCAGAAAUAUUACUAAGUAAUCAAUAAUUAUUAAAAUCCAUAUUACGUGAAUUUGAUUGGAUUGAUAAAUUUACUACAUUAAUUUAUGAUUCAUCUAAAGAUGUUAGAAUGAGCUCAGCAAAAUUAUUUUUAGCUACAUAUGAGCUGAAUGAGGAGAUUCAUAAAUCCAGAUUAUUACUUUUAUUAGAAAAUAUAAUUAAAUAAUUAGAUUCAACUUAAUUUGAGUUUUGCCAAUCAAUAUCAUAAUAUGUAUUAUUUAAUCAAAAUAUUUAGAGCUUAAAUUAAGAUAAUUUGUAAUCACUUUUGAUUGAAAAAAUUACUGAAAUCAUAAAUCAUAGUAAUGAGAAUGCAUUUCGAUUUUUAGAAUCAUUACAUAAAUAUUAUUCAAUAAUAAAAUAAUUUAAUGAGAAGUACUCUAUUUUCAUUGAUGAAUUAUUAUUAAAUUCUAUAUAAAUCCUUUCAGAAGNUAUUAUACCUAUUUCACAUUCUUAUAGAAAUCUAAAUAAUUCAUUUUUGUUUUCUUUCUUUUUACUGACAAAAUUGAUAAAUACAAAAAUGCUACUUCAUUUUCCCCAAAUUUUAUCAAUUCAUUCUUAUUUUAAUUAAUUUUCUAAUUUUGUAAUUAUGGACUUUGUAAAUGAAAAGUUUGCUGUCAUACCAAAAUCAAUGAAGGUAAAAGUAAUUCUUUAAGUGAGAGUGAUGAAGAAAUUCAAAAAAAUAUGGCACCAGAGAGCAAUUCUUUCAUCGAAAGAGCGAAAUUUUUGUUGUUAAAAGGAUAAAUUUUCUAAAAAAUAUUUGUUUCAAAGAAUAUUCGAGAAUCUUUAUCUGAUCCGAAUGGCGCAUUAUAAUUAUUAGAAAUAAUUGCAAAUUAAUUACAUUCAUUACAUGAUGAAACAUUAAUAAAAGAAUAUAUUAAUGCUGUGAGUGAAAUAUUCAAUAAAAUCUAAGUAUUAAGAAUUAAAAUUUUUAGAUCACUAAUUAAUUAAAAUAGUCUUAUAGUGAUAUUUGCUUCAAUAUUUUUACAAAACAAUAUCAAUAAUAUGAAAUCAUUAAUUCUUGUGCAGAGAUAUUAAAAUAUUUAGAUGACCUUGAGAUUUAUAAAGAAGGAUUAUAUCUUGAGACCGAUAAUCAAAUGUAUCAAAUACUAAAGAUAAUUGAAAUAUAUUAUCAUAAGUUUACACCUGAAUUAAAAAAAUAAGCUCAUCUUUAAAUAAAAUCUAGCAUGAAGCAUAAAGAUGAAAGAGUUCGUAAAAUAAUUUCAGAAAUAUUACUAAGUAAUCAAUAAUUAUUAAAAUCCAUAUUACGUGAAUUUGAUUGGAUUGAUAAAUUUACUACAUUAAUUUAUGAUUCAUCUAAAGAUGUUAGAAUGAGCUCAGCAAAAUUAUUUUUAGCUACAUAUGAGCUGAAUGAGGAGAUUCAUAAAUCCAGAUUAUUACUUUUAUUAGAAAAUAUAAUUAAAUAAUUAGAUUCAACUUAAUUUGAGUUUUGCCAAUCAAUAUCAUAAUAUGUAUUAUUUAAUCAAAAUAUUUAGAGCUUAAAUUAAGAUAAUUUGUAAUCACUUUUGAUUGAAAAAAUUACUGAAAUCAUAAAUCAUAGUAAUGAGAAUGCAUUUCGAUUUUUAGAAUCAUUACAUAAAUAUUAUUCAAUAAUAAAAUAAUUUAAUGAGAAGUACUCUAUUUUCAUUGAUGAAUUAUUAUUAAAUUCUAUAUAAAUCCUUUCAGAAGAUAUGAGAAAUUAUGACAUAUUAAAGUGUUUGUCAAAUUUAUAUUCUAGUUUAUCAUAGGAUAUGUAAUUUAAAGUAAUUUAAAAAUUAUUUCUUAAUUUUGAAUUUAAUUAACUAAUAUUUAUCCCUUAUUUAUAUGAAAUUAUUGAGAAAGCAACAUUAAUAAAUAAAAAUAAAAUUUGGCUGUAGUAACUUUAAACAAUAUAUGAAAUGUUUAAAAGAAAUGUUUUUUAAUAUGAAACAAAAGGUUUGUGGAAUGAAAUAUCAAAUAUGAUUGAUAUUAUGAAAAUAAUAUCUAGAAUCUUAUUUUUACAGAAGGAUUUUUUACAAUAAUGUCUAAAAAUGAGUCAUAUGGGUUCAAAAUAAAUUAGAGAUAAAAUAAUGAAUUUUUUGAUAGAAAAAAUUGUAGAAUUAGACUCUCUCGAAAGUAGAGAUUAAAUAAUUCAAAAUUAUACAGGAUUUAUUAAUCAUUAAAAUUACUAAUUAAGAUAAUUAUCAAUAGAGUUCAUUAUUAAAUUAUGUUAAUAAAGAUCGAGAAAGUUCUUUAUUUCAAACAACUUAAUAAAUGUAUUAUAAUUGUAGUAUGAUCCGGUUGCUUUAGUAAGAGCGAAGAUUCCAAAAUUGCUUUUUUACAUAAAAUUACUAUUUUGGAAUGAUGAAAAAGAAAUUCUUAGUAGAAUUGUUUAAAUCUUCUAGAAUCUGAUGAACGAUAAGAAAUUAUAUAUUUAAUAAGUACAUACUUAUAUAAUAAGAUCUCCAAAGACUUUUGGGCCGAACUAACAAAUAUUUAAUUUUCGAAUGCAUAAAUGACAAUAGAAUAAAACUAGAUUAUGGACGAAAGAGAACAAUAAGAAUAUGCAAAUUUAAAAGUAUAAAAAAAUAAUAUUAGAUGAUUAAAUAGUAAUUGUUACUUAAUCCUAAAAAUAUUAAAAAUGAAGUCAGCAAAUCCAGAAAUCAAACUCCGACAUAAAGAUUACCACCAUUAAAUAAAAGAUAAAAUAAUUUCUUGUAAGUUCCUAAAGGCCCUUAACCAAGAAAAACAUCUGCUCAAAGAGUUAUUUAAUCAAAGUCUCCACAACCCUUUAAAUGA